AGGAGCCUGUACAUCAUGUGUCACAUUCCAGUCUUCUGUUGGAUUUCAGCCACUGUUCUUGAGAGGCUCUUUAUUGAGGAACACAGUGGAGAAAUUCCCAAGACUCUCACUGAGAUGUACACACACUUCCUGAUAUUUCAGACCAGUCUGAAGAAUGAGAAGUAUCUGAAAAAACGAGAAACGGAGCCUCUGAAAUCUUUAGAACUGGAUAAAGAAUUUGUUCUGAAACUGGGGAAGUUGGCUUUCAACAGCCUUUCAACAGGAAAUCUCAUAUUUUAUGAGGGAGAUUUGAGAGAGUUUGGCAUUGAUGUCAGUGAAGCUUCAGUUUAUUCUGGAAUUUGUACAGAAGUGUUUAGACAGGAGAUUGGGUUUUAUGAGGGGAAAGUUUACUGCUUUGUACAUCUGAGUGUUCAGGAGUAUCUUGCCGCUUUACAUCAGUUUCUUUCAAAUACUGACCCUGAAAUGCUGAAGAAGACCGUAGAUCAGGCCUUAGAGAGCAAGAAUGGACACUUGAACCUCUACCUCCGCUUCCUUCUUGGCCUUUCAAUGGAAUACAGUCAAAAGCUUUUAAAAAGACUACUAACACAGACAGAGAAGAGAUCUUGUAACAUUCUAGAAAUAAUCCAAUACAUUAAGAAAUUAAUUAAGGAUAGUCUUUCCCCAGAGAAGACAAUAUAUCUCUUCCAGUGUCUGAAUGAACUGAAUGACAGUUCUCUGGUAAAGGAAAUACAGAAUUACCUGAACAAAAUAUGUGAUUUAGAAAAAGACAUCUGUUGCACAGAAUGGUCAGCACUGGCCACUGUAUUUUUGAUGUCAGUAGAGGAAUUGGAUAUGUUGAACCUGACAAACUGCACCUUACAUGAUGAUGGUCUUCAGAGGAUGGCGCCUGUGAUCCAUGUCUCAAGAACUGCUCUGUUGAAAAGGUGUUUUCUCACUGAAAGUUGCUGUGAAGCUUUGGCCUCAACUCUGAAUUCAGACUCAAAUUUGAGAGUGUUAGACCUGAGUAACAAUGACCUGUGGGACUCAGGAUUGGAACUGCUCUCUGCUGGACUGGGAAACCAACACUGUAAACUGGAGACACUGAGAUUGUCGGCCUGCAGAGUCAGAGAGGGAGGCUGUGCUUCCCUGGCUUCAGCUCUGUGUUCGAACCCCUCACACCUGAAAGAGCUGGAUUUCAGCUACAAUCACCCAGGGGACUCAGGAGUGAAGCUGCUCUCUGAUCCACUGCAGGAUCCCACCUGUAAACUGGAGACACUGAGGCUGAAGAUGUGUGGACUCACAGAGAGAUGCUGUGAAGCUCUGGCCUCAGUUCUUACAUCAAACUCCUCACACCUGAGAGAGCUGGACUUGAGUGACAAUGACCUGCAGGACUCAGGAGUGAAACUGCUCUCUAUUGGACUGGGGAACCAACAGUGUAAACUGGACACACUGAGACUGUCUGGCUGUUGUGUCUCAGAGAGAGGCUGUACUUCUCUGGCUUCAGCCCUGUGUUCGAACCCCUGUUCCAACCUGAGGGAGUUGGAUCUGAGCUACAAUGACCCAGGGGACUCAGGAGAGAAGCUGCUCUCUGAUCUACAGCAGGAUCCCACCUGUAAACUUGAGAUACUCAAUGUGGGCCAUGGUGGAAAAUGCAGGAUCAGACCAGGGCUCCUCAAAUACUCCUGUCAGCUGACACUGGACCCCAACACAGCAAACACACACCUGUACCUGUCUGAGGACAACAGGGAGGUGAUGUGGAGUAGAAAGAAACUGUUAUAUCCUGAUCAUCCAGAGAGAUUUGAUUGUUGGGCUCAAGUUCUGUGUGUAGAGAGUCUGUCUGGUCGCUGUUACUGGGAAGUUCAGUGGCAUGAAGAUGAGGCUCGUAUUGGAGUGACUUAUAAAGGAAUCAGUAGGAAAGGAGAUAGUGUUGACUGUGUGCUUGGAUACAAUAAAAAGUCCUGGGUUCUCUUCUGCUCUGAUAAGAGUUAUUAUGUCAUUCACAAUAACAGACGUGCCGUCAUACCUGUACACCCAUCCUCCCACAGGAUAGGAGUGUAUCUAGACUCAGCAGCUGGGACUCUAUCCUUCUAUAGUGUCUCCUCUGAUGAAUUGACCUUCUUGUAUAGGUUCACGUCUGAGUUUAAUGAAACCCUCUAUCCUGGAUUUUGGGUUUGCGGCUCAGUGUCUUUGUUUCCCGUUCAAAACCUGGAGAUGGAGGAUCCUGUCUCUGAAAUCGGUGCCUCUACGGACUGUAAAAAGGGGGGUGCGGGUUCAGGAAAGACCCCCAAGAGUGUCCAGCAGGAGAGAUCAGUGUCACCCACACCUAGCUGUGUAUCCAUGAAGAGCAACAGAUCAAUUCAACCACCAACAAACUUCAAGGAGGGAGAAUUGCCUACAUGUCAAAGUGUCCAGCAAGAGAGAUCAAUGUUACCUCCACCCAGUGGUUUUUCUCUGAAGAGUGAUGGGUCCAUGCAGGCAGUGAACAACUUCAGGGAUGGAGAACUUCCUGCGGCUCAAACUGAGGAGGAGACAUCAGUCUCACCUGUAUUCAGUUGUAUAUCCAUGAAGAGUGAUCGGUCAAUGCAUCCACCAAACUACUUCAAGGAGGGAGAAUCAUCUACCCAUGAAAGUGUCCAUCAGGAGGGAGCAGUCUCACCUGUACCUACUGAUGAACUCCUAAAGACAUGUCAGUCAAAACUCAAAUCCCAUCUGAAGAAGAAUUUUGACUGUGUAUUUCAAGGACAAGCUAAGCAAGGAGACCCAACCCUUCUGAAUGAUAUUUACACAGAGCUCUACAUAAGUGAAGGUGGUACUGGUGGGAUCAGUGAUGAACAUGAAGUGAGACACAUUGAGAGAGCACUCAAGAAACCAGCUAUACAAGAAACUACAAUGAAAUACAGUGAUAUUUUUACAGCCUUGCCUGGAAAAGCAACACAUAUAAGAACUGUGAUGACACUGGGGAUUGCAGGUAUUGGGAAAACAGUGACUGUGCACAAAUUUAUUCUUGACUGGGCAGAAGGAAAAGAAAAUCAAGACAUCAAUUUCAUAUUUCCUCUUCCUUUCCGAGACCUAAAUUUGAAAAAGGAUAAAGACUUCUGUCUGAUCCAACUGCUUCAUGACUUUCUCCCAGAAGUCAAAGAGUUUGGACUCACUCAACUUUUUCAUUCCAAAGUCUUGUUUGUCUUUGAUGGUCUGGAUGAGUGUCGCCUUCCUCUAGAUUUUAAGAACGAUGAGAUCUGCUCUGAUGUAACAAAGACAACAUCACUGGAUGUGUUGUUGACCAACCUCAUGAAAGGGAAUCUGUUUCCUUCUGCUCUCAUCUGGAUAACUUCCCGACCAGCGGCCGCCAGUCUGAUCCCUCCUGAGUGUGUUCAUCGCGUAACAGAGAUACGAGGGUUCAAUGACCCUCAGAAGGAUGAAUACUUCACAAAGAGAUUCAGUGAUGAGAAUCUGGCUAAGAGGAUCAUUGCACAUGUGAAGUCAUCAAGGAGCCUCUACAUCAUGUGUCACAUUCCAGUCUUCUGCUGGAUUUCAGCCACUGUUCUCGAGAGGCUCUUUGUCGAGGAGCACAGUGGAGAAAUUCCCAAGACUCUCACUGAGAUGUACACACACUUCCUGAUAUUUCAGACCAGUUUAAAGAAUGCGAAGUAUCUGAAAAAACAAGAAACGGAGCCUCUGAAAUCUUUAGAGGCAGAUAAGGAUUUUGUUUUGAAACUGGGAAACUUGGCUUUCAACAACCUUAAAAACGGAAAUCUAAUAUUUUAUGAGGAAGAUCUGAGAAAGUUUGGCAUUAAUGUCAAUGAAGCUUCAGUGUAUUCUGGAGUGUGUACAGAAGUGUUUAGAGAAGACUUUGGGUUCUAUGAGGGGAAGGUUUACUGCUUUAUACAUCUGAGUGUUCAGGAGUAUCUUGCUGCUUUACAUCAGUUUAUGGCAAAUACUGAGCCUGACCUGCUGAAGAAAACAGUGGAUCAAGCUUUAGAGAGCAAGAAUGGACACUUGAACCUCUACCUCCGCUUCCUUCUUGGCCUUUCAAAGGAAUGCAGUCAAAACCUUUUUAAAGGACUACUGACACAGAGGAAAAUGUCUUGUAACAUUACAGAAAUAGUGGAAUACAUUAAUUCAAGGAUCUAUGAAAACCUCUCUCCAGAGAAGACCAUUUAUCUCUUCCACUGCCUGAAUGAACUGAAUGACAGCUCUCUGGUGGACAAAGUACAAAAUUACCUGAACAGGGAAUGUCUUUCAGAAAAGGACAUGAAACUCACGGAGUGGUCAGCUUUGGCCUAUGUGUUGAUGAAAUCAGCAAAGGAAAUGGAUAUAUUAAACCUGAAAAACUGCACUUUAUGUGAUGAAGGUCUUCAGAGGAUGCUGCUAGUGAUCCAGGUCUCCAGAACUGCUCUGCUGAAUAGUUGUUCUCUCACUGAGAGAUGCUGUGAAGCGUUGGCUUCAAUUCUGAAUUCAGACUCGAACCUGAGAGUUUUAGACCUGAGUGACAAUGACCUGCAGGACUCAGGAGUGGAACUUCUCUCAGUUGGACUGGAGAACCAACAGUGUAAACUGGACACACUGAGACUGUCCAACUGUAAACUCACAGAGGGAGGCUGUACUUCUCUGGCUUCAGCUCUGCGUUCGAACCCCUGUUCACAUCUGAGAGAGCUGGAUCUGAGCUACAAUGACCCAGGGGACUCAGGAGUUACUCUGCUCUCUGAUCUACUGCUAGAUCCCACUUGUAAACUGGAGACAGUAAGGCUGAAGAUGUGUGGACUGACAGAGAGAUGCUGUGAAGCUCUGGCCUCAGUUCUUACAUCAAACUCCUCACACCUGAGAGAGCUGGAUUUGAAUAACAAUGACCUGCAGGAUUCAGGAGUGGAACUGCUCUCUACUGGACUGGGGAACCAACAGUGUAAACUGGACACACUGAGACUCUCUGGCUGUUCUAUCAGAGAAGGAGGCUGUGCUGCUCUGGCUUCAGCUCUGCAUUCAAACCCCUCUUCACACCUGAGAGAGCUGGAUCUGAGCUACAAUCACCCAGGAGACUCAGGAGUGAAGCUGCUCUCUCAUCUACUGCAGGAUCCCACCUGUAAACUAGAGGCACUCAAUGUGGACCAUGGUGGAGAGUGCAGGAUAAGACCAGGGCUUCUCAAAUACUCCUGCCACCUCACAUUGGAUCCCAACUCAGCAAACACACACCUGUAUCUGUUUGAGGACAACAGGAAGGUGACAUGGAGGAGUGAGAAACAGCAAUAUCCUGAUCAUCCAGACAGAUUUGACUGUUUUCCUCAAGUUCUGUGUGCAGAGAGUCUGUCUGGUCGCUGUUACUGGGAGGUUCACUGGAGUGGAUAUGGAGCUGUAAUAGGAGUGACUUAUAAAGGAAUCGGGAGGAAAGGAAACAGUGAUGACUGUGGAAUUGGAGACAAUGACAAGUCCUGGAUUCUGAGCUGCUGUGGUGGGAGUUACUCCGUCUGGCACAAUAACAGGGAGACUGCAAUACCUGUACCCAUCUCCCACAGAUUAGGAGUGUAUGUGGACUGUGUGUCCGGCACUCUGUCCUUCUACAGCAUCUCCUCCGGUAAACAGACCCUCCUGUACAGGUUCACCUCCACAUUCACUGAGGCCCUCUGUCCUGCUUUUGGGGUUUAUUCCAUGGGCUCUUUGGUGUCGCUGUGUGAGAUGGAGUAAACACACACACACACACACACACACACACACACUCUCACUCCUCGGUGACUAAUAGCAGUGCUGCGUGUGUCUCUGAUAUUCCUCUGUGUAAAACUCCCUUGUCUAAAAAGUUGUUGGGUUGGUCUCUGUGUCCUCUGUGUCCAACUUUUGCUAAAGUUUGGGUCUGAGUGCAGUUUCUGGUGUUCUGAAUGAGGUGUCAGCUCCUGUUCAAAAAACGUGAGAAAAAAACUUUAAAAUCCGUGUUGUUUUUUGCCUUUCAAAUUCGUUCCCGCUUGAAAAAGACAUAAAAGUUUAUUAUUUUUAUUUUCCAAAUCUGAUAUUUACAAUUGUGCUAUUAAUAUUAAUGAAUAUUCAGUUACCGGCCAGCAUGGUGGCACAGUGAGUAGCGCUGCUGUUUCACAGUCCCUGAGUGCUGUGAGAGAACAUAAGUUCGAUCCCUGCUUAGUCGGUGUGGAGUUUGCAUGUUCUCUCCAUGUCUGCAUGAGUUUCCU